AUGGACAUUACCAUGGGUCCCUUUCUCUGUUGUCCCAUCCCAAUGCCCGUUUCGACUCGUGCAGUCACGUUGGACUUGCCAUGGCUCGUCGCUGCAGUCAGCAAGAGCCUAGAGGACUUUGGAGGAAGCACCGUGGACCAGAACCCAAAUGCGUCCAUGGCAGGCGACUGGGCCUUUCGACCUUCAGAGGCCGAUAUGUCCUUCACAUUGCCAACAUGUUCUUGCCACAUACCUAAUGCCAUUCUUUUCUUUCCCUUUCUCUUCCUCGACGGCCUUGUGCUAUCUGUGCUGUUUCUUAAAACAGCGGCAGCCUUUUCUGCCAACGCAUUGUCCUUGUGUAGCUCUGCUAGGAGUACACUGGGAAUACUCCAAAAACCCUCCGCUGUGAAUGCGCAAACAGUCUACAUUGUGCCGUUCCAGUCACUCAAAUACUGGAGUGGCGCGUGGAAGCUCAUAAAUAGCCCUAGGCUCAUGGGGUUCUCAUAUAUCAAUAUGAGUUUCAUCGAUAUGAUCAUCAUGAUGGUUAUCUAUCUCACCAUGGAGACCGGACUCAUCCGUCUGAUGAACAUCCCGGAACUCUUCAACAAAGUAGUGCACUUUGGUAAUGGCUUGCAAGGACACCGCCUUUGGUCUUGA